AAGGGCAUUCCAACAACUAAUAAAUCUCUAUAAAUACCCCCCCACCAUACUUUCCUCCCCUCCCCAAAGCAAGCAAGCAAGCAAGCGACCAUGGCCAUGGCGUUCAAGAUGGCGACGGAGGGGAUGAAGGUGAGGGACGAGUGCAAGAGCUGGUUCAUGGAGAUGAAGUGGAAGAGGGUCCACCGCUACAUCGUGUUCAAGAUCGACGAGGGGUCGAAGGCCGUGAUCGUCGACAAGGUCGGGGGCCCGGGGGAGGGAUACCACCACCUGGCGGGCGUCGCUGGCCGGACGACGACUGCAGAGUACGCCGUGCUCGAUUUGCGGAUUUCGGUGCACGCCUACCGCAACUGGCCACAAGAGCAGGAUAGAUGCUUCAUCAGUUGGUCUCCCACCAAAUCAAGGAUAAGAGCAAAGAUACUAUAUGCGACAUCAAAGCAAGGGCUGAGGAGGGUCCUUGAUGGGGUUCACUACGAGGUGCAGGCCACUGAUCCGACCGAAAUGGGUUACGACGUCAUCACCGAGAGGGCCAAAUGAAUGAGGAGGACUUUUAUAUAAUUUUAUCACUUUUAAUUUUAAUAAAUAUAUGUUAUCGUCGUGCUCAGGUGUGUUUGAUUAUGUGUUAACCGCUGGUUAGGCCCUUAAGAAAAGAGCAAGAAAUGGGGCGUGGUAAAAGGCUUAAACCACCCACCCGUUUCUUUCGAAGUUUUGCGCUGCCCAACCUGACUCGGUGGCUUCCGAGUGUUGUUUGCAUUCUGUGAAUAAUGAUGGUUAUCAGAACGUAAUUCCUCUUUCAAAA